GCUGGGCCCUGCCCUGGACAGCCUCUGCCCAGAGAGAGGUACCCCCAAGGUCAGGGAUGGACAGGCCAUGGGAUGGCCAGCAGCAGGCAGGCCUGUCUGAGGAGGUGACACCUGAGCGGGUCCAGAGGGGAGUGAGGCCUGGCCAGCAGAGCGGGCAGCCCCCCAGGAUGAAGGCACUGCGGACUAUGCUGCUGGCCCUCUUGCUGUGCGGGCAGCCAGGGAGGGGGCAGACACAGGACGAAGAGGAGGAGGACAACGUGGACUCUGGGCUGGAUGACUAUGAUGAUGAGGACGAGGAUGACGAGGAGGCAGAGGAAGACAGCAGGGGCAGAGCGCUGCUGCGCUGCUACUCCUGCCGGUCCCUGCGCCGUGGGGAGAACUGCGACCAGACACGGAGCUGCAGCCCCAGCCAGGCCUUCUGCAAAGCCCUCGUCUCCCAUGGGCAGACCGAGUCAGGCCCCCUGACCACCUACUCAGCAUGGUGUGCAGACACAUGUCAACCCAUCACCAAGAUGGCAGAGGAGACCCUGAUGACCAUGACCUGCUGCCAGUCCACCCUAUGCAACAUCCCACCCUGGCAGGACUCGCAGGGCAGCGGGGCAGGCAGCCCUCAGGGCAGCCCCACAACUGGGCCCACCAUCCUCCUGCUCAGCCUCCUCGCCAGCCUUCAGGUGAUGGGGUCCUGAGUGGGGUGCCCCCACCCUCACUGGGUGCCACCCUGUCCAGUCUGCGGUCUGCCCAGCGGCCCCACUCCUGCCCCCUGCCCUGCCCACAUCCCUGGCCUCCCGGCUUUGGAGAAUAAACUUGGCAUGUCUUUAACAA